GCACUAAUAUCAUGUAUUUUACCCACCAAGAGGGAAGACUAAAUCCAUAUCUUUCUGUCAUAUAUGACACAAGAAAACCUCAAACUUCUUUCAAAUUCAGAAAACUGAAUUUCUCGAUAUCCAUUCCAACCUCAACUUAGGUUUUCAUCACGGGAGAAGUCGGGACAAUAUGGUCCGUCAACUAACAGUUCACCAUCAUGCUGGUGGUUGUUUUUCUACUGUCAACGUUCCUGUGGUGGCGGUUGCGUUGUUUGUAUCGGUAACAGUUCUUGUAGGUCUAUGUGCCAAGCACACAAUAAGGCGACGGCAGCUUGCUAGGGAGAAACUUGGCUGUAAUCCUAAUGAUUCAAGAGUUACACCCGGUUCAUCUCCAUCCAGAGGACUUUUCGCAACGAUAACUAACAAAGCUUUUCCUUUCAUGAGCAACAAAAAAAGUGGUGAUCAGCACGGAGAAAAUUAUGAAAUCGUUGGUGAUGGUGGUGUAUGGCAAAGAGGAAUAUUGAUGGGUGGAAAAUGUCAACCACCUGAUUUUUCCGGUGUUAUUUACUACGACGUUGCUGGUAGACAGCUCUCUGAAAUACCGAGAUCACCUCGUGCUAGUCCGUUUCCGUCUAGCUUCUCAUUUCCAGCUGCAAAAGAUGGAAACUUUUAGUUCCCUGUGUGUUUGUUUUCUUAUUGUUUGUAUAUGUUUCGUCUUGAGUAAAUGGAAUUUGUCUCGGUUUUUGUUUA